AUGGAUCCGCGGUACAGUGCUCAAGAUGUUCUCCGAUGUGAUCUUUGUGAAACCAAAAUAUUACAAAGUCACUGCGAACUUUGUCACAUCAAUCUCUGCAAAGGAUGUGUUGGUGAACAUCUCUCUGACGUAUCCAAUAAACAUCGGGUUGUACCGUAUAAAGAAAAGGGUUCUACUCCCAAUUACCCAAUAUGUCAAAAUCAUGCCGACAAAUAUAGUAUCCUUUACUGUGAAGUAUGUGACUUUCCAGUGUGUUCUAGUUGCAUAUCCUCCGAUGAACACCAUGGACAUAAAUUAACAGACGUUUUGCAAAAGCUAGAGUCCAAAAUAAAAGAUAUAGAAAAUGAUCUAAAAGAACUAGAGAAGACGCUUCAUCCUAGAUAUGAAGAAAUUGCUUUAGAAAUAAGAAUUGAAAAAGACAAAUUGGAAGACCAUUAUAAGAAACUUACAGAAGCUGUUACCUCUCAAGGAGAAAAAUGGCAUCAAGAGAUAAACAAUAUUGUUAAAGAACAAACAUCCAAAAUUGAAGAGAUGAAAAUCAAACAUUUGGCUCUUUUGGAAAAACAGGAAGAAGAAAUUACACAAAACAUUUCAGAGGUUAAAGAAGGCAUUGUAGAUCUGAAAGAAAUACGAGAAUCCAAUGCCUUUGCAUACAAAGCGAAAUCUGAUAAAUUCAGAAGAUUUCUUUCUAAGGUGACUGUUUCUUUUCCGUGUUUUUCUCCCAAAAAUAUAAAUACAGAAAAUCUUACUCAACAAUUUGGUUUUCUCUCGACGAUUUCCGUUACAACACAAAAACAUUGGCAUGCACUUGAGAGGAAAAGAGAUGCAUCUGCUUCCGUAGCAGGACAAAGGAUUGAUCCAGAGCUCAUUGAUAGCAUACAUAUUGGUCAUGACCUCGGAAUGUACAAUAUAACUUGCCUUAGUGAUGAAGAAAUCUGGACGUCUAAUAUAUUUGCUGAAAAUAUCAUGAAACUCUUCAAUUGUCAUGGCAAAAUACUCAGGUCAAUCGAUCCUCCUAAAGAAUUAUUUGGGCUCGAUUUCAUUGACAUGGAUGUAACAAAGACCGGUGAACUAGUUUGUACUGCCUGUGAAGCAAGCAGUGUGUACUUAGUAAAAAAUGAAAAAUUAGAGAAACUGAUUCAGUUACAGAACUGGAAACCUCACAGUGUCUGUUGUUCCUCCUCUGGUGAUCUCCUUGUUAUUAUGGAAAGUAAAGAAAACAGUCAAACAAAGGUAGUCCGCUACUCUGGAUCAACAGAAAAGCAAACCAUUCAAUUUGAUGACGAAGACAACCUUCUCUUCUCAUCUGCACUUAAUAGUUACAGAUCCAUUACUGAAAACAGAAAUCUAGAUAUAUGCGUGGCUGACGGUGGAGCCAAUGAAGUUGUGGUAGUCAAUCAGGGCGGGAAUCUGCGAUUUAGAUAUACUAUUAUCCCUUCUACUACCGGUAACAAUCUAUGUGCAUACGGAAUCACUACAGACAGUCAUGGUCACAUCUUGAUUUCAGAUGGCGACAACCAUUGCAUUCAAAUCUUAGAUCAGAAUGGACAGUUCCUGCGUCAUAUCAGUAAUUGUGAUUUAAAAGCAUCAUUUGGUUUUCGUGUGGACUCCGAAAUAUUUACACCAUUUGGUAUAUGUGUAGAUAGCAAAGACAAUCUCUUUGUGACUGAGGUUUAUUGUGGUAAAAUGAAAAAAAUCAAAUACAUCAAGGAUAAAAAUGAUGAAGAUAGACAUCUUAAAUGUGAAAUAAGCUAA